CCCACCUCGGGUUAUAAGUCCUUGGAGUGGGAGCACAACCUGCUUGGACCCAGAUACACUGCCUCGCUGCCUGCCUGCCUGACUGACCUGAGUGACUAACUGACUGAGUUCCACUUCACUGCUACUCACUCUCUCUCCCUCUGUGUCCUGCUCCCUUGCUCCUUCCCUCCUACUUUCCACCCUGGAGAGCAAGAGCGCACAGAUUGGGAAGGUGCUCCUCAGACCUGCGUCUGGACAGCUCGAAGACGACACAGAGAGGACGUUUUCCCAUUCUCACCCUUUCAUCACUCCUGUCACUUUUGCCACCUCUGCCCCCCAAAAAAGUACAUGGAUAGAACUUUUUUUCUUUCUUCCUUCCUUCCUUUUUGUUUGUUUUUGUUUUUGCUGGAAGCAGAAAAUUAAAAGUUUAGCAGACAGUUAUCUCAACCUACAGUUGAAGAUUUUCAGUUUUUAACUUUUGCAUUUUGGGUUUUUUUUCUUUUCUUUUCCUUUUUUUUAUUUGCUUGUUAUUCUUGCACCUGCGAGCAGCGCUGGACCAAUUCCGAGUGCCAGAUCUUUGCCCGGGAGGACCCUACUUGUUCACUGAAAACCUGAUGCCAUCACAUCCCAUGGGAGACACGAGUGGCUGAAGCAAGGAGGGAGGUAGAAGAGACCCCGAACCACCUGACGCACACACCUAACGUUGCCCUUGCCCAGCGAUCCUCCCCCCACCCCUGCUCUCUUCCACCGAGUCUCUGAGGAAAGAAAGUUCUUUGCGUGUGACACCUAAAGCCUGGGAUGCUGUUGACCAUGCUGCUGGCUUCUGUCUCUGUGCUACUGAUGCUUGUGGUACCUGCUUUUGCCGGAGGGUACGCCCCCAUACCCCACAUGAAGUACAUUCAGCCCAUGAUGAAGGGGCCUAUUGGACCUCCGUUUCGCGAGGGGAAAGGACAUUAUGUUGAUAUGCCACCCAUGAUGGAAGUGAAGGGGGAACCCGGCCCCCAAGGGAAACCAGGACCAAGAGGGCCCCCUGGACCACCAGGCCUUCCAGGGAAACCCGGACUGGGAAAGCCUGGUUCCCAAGGCCCACCAGGUCCUCAGGGACCUUCAGGCUUUACGGGAAUUGGUAAGCCUGGACUUCCGGGACUCCCAGGAAAGAUUGGGCCAAAGGGGAUGCCUGGGGUUAAUGGUGAGGUAGGCCCUCGUGGUGAACCAGGUCCCCGUGGUCCUCCCGGGCAUCCUGGGCUUCCUGGCCCAGCUGGACUGUCCUUGAAUGGGAAACCUGGGCUUCCAGGUAUGAGAGGCCCCCCUGGGGUCCGUGGCGAGCCAGGAAUAAAGGGUAUAGCCGGCCCACCAGGUGAUCGUGGGCCUAAGGGCGAGAAUGGAAAUGGGAAUCCAGGGCUUCCAGGUCUAAGGGGUUCUCCUGGCCCAAAAGGGAGUAUUGGACCACCUGGUCCUUCAGGUAUUGGCACACCAGGACUAAAAGGUUUGCCUGGAGUACCUGGUCCUAAAGGUGAUCAAGGACGCCCAGGUGAUCAAGGACUCCCAGGAGAUGCAGGGCCCCCAGGACUACAAGGUUUGCCAGGGCCAGUUGGGUUGGGGAAGCCUGGGCUAGAUGGACUUCCUGGAUCACCAGGUCCACAAGGUCCAAAAGGUGAACCUGGGACCAGGGGUACUCCUGGAAUGCCUGGAACUAAUGGCUAUGGAAAACCUGGUCCAAAUGGACUAAAAGGAGAAAAGGGACAUGGUGGAUUUCCAGGUCUCCCGGGGGAUAAAGGAGAACAAGGACCAAUUGGACCAAUUGGGAAGCCAGGACUUGAUGGACAACCAGGACCACCUGGACUUCAAGGUCCAAUGGGAUUGCCAGGAAAACAUGGAAUACCAGGACAGAAGGGAGAGCUGGGGCCCCGGGGUCCUCCUGGACUGCCUGGCCUUCGAGGUGACCAAGGCCCCAAUGGACCCUCUGGAAAACCUGGUAUCCCUGGGGAAAAGGGCAUCCCUGGGCCCAGUGGUCUUAUCGGAAAACCUGGACCUAAAGGUGAGGCAGGGUAUAUUGGCCCUCCUGGGAAUCCCGGUAUAACAGGUGCCCCGGGGCCUAAAGGGGAGUCAGGGUUUAUGGGAGUUCCAGGCCCCAGGGGCCAGUCGGGUAUUCCUGGUCUUCAGGGGCCCAUGGGUCCCAUGGGUCCACAGGGUCCCCCUGGCCUAAAGGGUGAACAAGGACUUCCAGGGCCUCCAGGGCUGGGCAAGUUGGGUGAGAAAGGUCCUAUAGGUCCCCAGGGUCCUCCAGGGAAACAAGGCCCCCCUGGACUUAAUGGCAUACCUGGGCCCCCUGGGCCUCCAGGACCCCCUGGGCCUCCAGGAAAUGGCCAUACAGUUGUCGCAGGGCCAGAGAGUUCAAAGUUAGAUGGGGGAGAAAUUCCAGAUGACAGGAAAGGCCCUGCAUAUAGUCAAGUUCCAUUGUCUGCCUCUGUGGCACCAGCCUUCACAGCUGUCCUUACCACACCAUUCCCUCCUUCAGGCAUGCCAAUCAAAUUUGACAGGACCCUCUACAAUGGGCAAAAUGCCUACAGCUCUUCUACUGGCAUAUUCACUGCUCCUUUAUCUGGUAUAUACUACUUUGCAUACCACAUGCAUGUAAAGGGAACUAGCCUGUGGGUAGCAUUGUAUAAGAACAAUGUACCAGCCACUUACACAUAUGAUGAAUACAAGAAAGGCUACAUGGACCAGGCAUCUGGUAGUGCAGUCUUAGAGCUGAAGGAGGGUGACCAGGUAUGGAUCCAGAUGCCGUCAGAUCAGGCAAAUGGCCUAUAUUCUACAGAGUACAUCCAUUCUUCCUUCUCAGGAUUCUUGCUCUGUCCCACAUAACCCUAUCUUUUCCUUAAAAGAUGUUGCUACAUUGGCACCUCAGUGCAGCCCUUAACCUAAAAUACCUGCAGCCAUUAUAGAAACACAAAACCCAUAAAAUACUCAAUAUUAUUGCCAUAGUCUUUAUCUGUCUCGCCCUCAACAGCACAAAUGAAACAAAAACUUUGUGAAUGAAGUGAGUUUUUAAAGGCAGGGGAAGGAAAUUCAUACUGUGUUCUUUAUUUCAGUGUCCUUCAAAUGUGUGUUUUAGUUGUGUUUUAUGUUGGUGUUUUUUUAAGCUUUUAGCUUAUUUUAAUUAUUAUAUUGUCAUAAUUUUAUUGUUAUUAUUUGGUCCAUGUCAUCAUUGUUGUUGUUGUUUAUUGGAUUCAGACUAUUUAGUGCCUUACUUUGUAAUGUGCUAGAAACCUUCCCGUGUGACUGCACAACCUGCCCACAUGCUCUGACACAAGGACGACAUCACCAAACUCUGAUGGGGGGUCUUCGCUGCAGUCAUGUUCCCCUGGUGUAUUAUUUAAAUCAUGAAUUGCUAUAAUUAUAUUGAAGAGCCAAAAUACAACACAAUAAAUAUAGGCAUACAGUACAAUAGCAAAACUAAGUAUUUGGUGUGCUGUGUUACUAUUUACUUUUACUGAAAUUUUGGGGACUCUAAAUUGUUGCUACAUAAAAAAAAAGUUAGGAUUGAACUCAGCAACAGUUGGUUUUAGAGUGAGAUAUAUUUAUUGAUAGUGAACAUAAGCACCUGUUCAGGGAGUUUCUCUGCUUCAUUAUGCAUUUAGUAACCUACCAUUUCAGAUAAUAGGUCUUCCUCUUUCUUGUAAUUUAGUUUACGUGCAGUUCAGAACAAUUAAUUCUACAAAUAAACAUGACCUCACAUUAACAAGGCAGACACCUUUAAAUUGCCCUUUAAAGAGAUCAGCAUCAUCAAGCAAGACCCCCGCAUCACCCCCCAGCAUCAUUCUUUAGGACAUUGUUAAUAAUGUACACAGUCAGUGUUCACAGGCCAGAAACUAGAUAGUGUCCUUACUGUCCAUGGACAAAUGGACAGUAAGGACACAUAUACUGCUGAUUCAAUGGCCUGUUUCCUUCUAUCGAUCUGAUUUUUUUUCCCCAUCACUAUCCCAGGCAUCCUGUUCACAUAUUCUAACCAUCACGUCACUGAUUUCUAAUGUCAUUAAAAACCCUUUCCCUGAUUCCAAGGGAGCAAUCUGCACUGCCAUAUUAGAAGAAAAUAUAAUCCUUUAACAACAUGAUGCAAAAUCCACAAAGAUUUUGAAAGCCUGACUCUGCUGAGAAAACAAGGAGGCAAAAGGAUAAGUAAAAAACAACAACAACUUAAUUACUUCCUUCACUGCCAGUUCCUGUGUUGUUUAUGAUAGAUGUUAGGCAAAUGAGAGCAAUUUUUAAUCAUUUGUAGCUCUGAAUGACAGGAUUUUCUAGUUAUUUCUAAAUCAAAUGUGUCAAAAACUGUUUAAUUGCUGAGCUUAGUGUAACAUCUGUGGCCAGGAUGUUUCAGAACUGGAUAAUGUCAAAGUGCACGGCUGGAAAUGAGAAUCAAUUUGUCUUUAGUCCAUAAAUAAGUGAAAGGGUCUGACUGGGGCCUGAAGAUUGUGAAAUGCAGGUUGUGUAACAUUUUAACAAAACCACGCCAGAUUUCUGGGAGAGGUGGUAGGUCAGAGGUGUGUUUAUUCAUUUCUGUUGGAUGAAGUAUUAAAGAUCCACUCUGUGCAUGCGUGCACUUGUAUGCUUAGUAGGUAUACCCUUCAGCCCGUCACUGUGUCACUGCAUGCGUUUGUGUGUGCGGAUUUGUCACAAUGUCCCCUUGGCAUUCAGGUCACGAAAACUUUAGCGAGGAUAAUAAUAAACUAAAAUUAAGUUACAAAACUGUAGGAACGGCUUACAGUCCCAUCAAUGUUCUACCAGAAGGUUUUGAGGGUUUUUUUAGUUUUAAAGAGAAUCUUGUAGAAGAUUUACUUUACAACACUCUAAAGAUGAAAGGUGUAAAGGCGUGCAAUAACUACUUUGUGCCAAGUCACGAACCAACAAAAAAAAAAGAAAAAAGAAAGAAAAAAAAGACAUACUAUGAAAUGUACAAAAUGUUUAUUCACUAGUUUCAGUUACGAAUCACAAAAGAUAACGAGACCUAGGCAAAACAGAACAAAGCUUGGUGCUUCUAUCUAAUUUGUGCCACCCUGACGCUCGUAAACACUGAAUUAUGACUACCUUACAUCAUGAUGGAAGAAUGUCAAUGUACACGAGCAUGGUGCCAAACAUUUAGCCUUCCCAUUAGAAUGAAUGUAUAAUGUUUGACUGUUUUAUGGUGGGUCACAGUGCAUAAACAGUAACUCUUCACAUCGCUUUGGAAAAUUAGUGUGAGGAUAAGGCUUAAUCAGUAUUUCUACAUCUAUGUAAUGCACUUACUCUUAGCCCUUUCUGUCUCAUAACAUGAACACACCGACAACUGCUAUGUAUCAUUGUUGCUAUGUGAGUCUACAAAGCAGUCUCGUUAUGUACUGUAUGUUGCCUUUUAUUUUUUUGAAUCACCUCCUCUUUUUCGACACACGGUGAAACGGUGAUGAGAGUUACAUGCGGCUGUUACGCUCUGUCCUCAUAUUUUCAUAGACAAUGUCACUUGCUUGCUGAGUUUGCUCUGUGUGCAAAUCAUUUAACAAGUGUCAGUGAGAUCCAUGUACCGCAUCAAAUGUUUUGUUUUUCUUUAUUAGAAAAAAAAAGAAAAAAAGAAAAAAAAAAUCACAAGCCUUGCUUCGGUUCUUAAGGGAUAUUUGUUUGUUUUAGUUUCAGUAUACAAACGGCCAUUCCCAUUUGCACAUGAAAUUAAUGAAGAUGUAUUUAUACAUUUAUGAUAAUUUAAUAGGGAUGCCAAAACUGACCACCGAAGCCUGGGACAUAUAAAUGGUAUUUAACAGCAUCGAUGAGUUAAGAGCAUUUACAACUUGUAGUUAGCAUUCUAGAGUUGUUUGUGAAGGAUUAUUUGUAUUAUUUUCUAUUUGUGUAAUGUACAAUGUAUCAACGUAUAGGUUUGUUUUUUUUUGUCUUACAAGGCUAUUGUGUGCACUAUGCAAUAGAAUUUGGGUAUAAAAUGCACUCCUUUUUGAUUGAAAAUGUUUGUCUGCUUAUACAAAAUCUACAGUACUUGAUUGUAUUGAUACCACGUCAAUAAAAACAAAGAAAAAAAAUGCCUUGUA